AUGGCGGCCGAAUCGAAGGCUGAAGAAAAUUUUAGAAUUUUAGCCUUUGGGGAUAGCCUUACAACAGGAAAUAUUGGAGGUGAGCUAAACGAAGCAUUAGACAAGCCUUACACCAUUCGUCUCUCGAAGUUGCUGAGGGAAAAUCAUCCAGAUAUUGCGUUUAACGUGAACAAUAAAGGAAUUUACGGUGAGUUGGUCUGUGGACAAAUGACCGAAAGAUUGCCGAAGGUUUUGAAGGAAUACGGACCGUAUGAUUUAGUGAUCAUUUUGGGAGGAACUAAUGACAUUAUUGAAGYUAAAAAAGGGUUAGAAGAUAGUCUUUUUGAAGGAAUCAAAAGGUUGCAUGGUUUGGUCGUAGGUCAAGGUGCGAAGUGUAUUGCUCUGACAAUUCCAGAAACAGAUGUUUAUUUUAGAGAUCUGGGAAAACGUGGUUUGUCUUGGGUCAAAGAGGAAGGUGAAAAGAUUCGUUUGGUGGUGAAUGACAAAUUAAGGAAAUUUGUGAAUGAAUGUGACGACAAGAUCAUCUUGUGUGAUCUGGCAGAAAAGUUUCCUCAGCAGAACUUGAGCAGUGAGGACUUGGAAAAAUUCUGGAGUGACGGGUUGCAUUUUACCGAGGAAGGCUACAUUAAAAUGGCACAAAUAAUCUAUGAGGACAUGAAACACCUUCUGUAGCUAGCACUGAGAGAAACACAAACCAAGUGAUUUUUUCAACUUCAAUUUUAUUUACACAACAAUGUAAUGUUUUAAUGUAAAAUACAUCUGAAUAUAUAGUUCUAGAAAAUUUUUGUGUUCUUCACAUAGCAUCAUCAUCAUCAUCGUCGUCGUCGUCGUCGUCAUCAUCAUCAUCGUCGUCAGCAUCAUCAUCAUCAUCACUCUUUGUGAUAGUAGGCAGGCACAUCAGGCAUAUUCCAUAGUAGGUUCAGUAUGUCUGUACAAUAAAUCAAGAAUGAUAAUAAUAACUUAUGGUGUUGAAGAUAUGUCACUUUUGUCUUUGCCACUGUUCCAUAUGAUAUGCAGAAUUUUCAACUUGAUAAACUGAGCAACCAU